GGUAAUUCGCUGGCCUCACCCCUUCCGAAAUGAGGCGAGCUUGGGCGGCAGGGCUGCCGCUUCGGUCAGCUAUGGUUCGCCGCCUCACGCCCCAAUCGCCCAUCUCCACUUCGACCCUUCCCCCUCCGCUAAAACCCUCGGCCGCCCUCGCCGAAGACGAGAUCGCCGAGAUCCGCAGCCUCGUCCCCCGCCUCUGUGACGCCGGCCGCCACGACGCCGCCGUCCGGCUCCUCACCACCGCCCUCCUCACCGACACCCCGAUCGACGUCCUCCCGAUCGCCGUCCUCGCCGAACGCGUUUCCUCGCUACCGGAUAUGGUCGCCGCCAUGUCCUUCCUCACCGCCCUCCGCUGCCACCCCCGCUGCCACUCCCCUCUCCCCUUCUGCUCCGCCCUUCUCUCGUCCUAUUUCCGCGGCCGCCGCUUUAAAGAGGCCUCCAAGGUCCUGUCUUGGCUUCUCCGGCCGGAUUCCCCCUGCCGGCCGGACGCCGCGGUCUACGGGAUCGCGGUGGAAGGCUUUUGCAAGCUCCGGAGGAUGCUCGCGGCGCUGCGGGCGAUGAAGGAGAUGGUGGCGGACGGGAUUUCGCCUGGAAGCGAGCUGCGGGUGUCAGUUUUCAUGGGAUUGCUGCGGGAGGCUCGGAUCGAUGAGGCCCGGGAGUUGGAUGCCGCACUGAAGGCUGUCGAGGAGGGUGGUGAAGGAUUCGAUAGUGCUUUGGAGUUGCUUGACAGGAUCAUCAGAGAGUGGGAGGAGUGAUCGACUAUGCUAUAUAUGUUCCAGAUCCACUCAUGUUGAUCUCCAACUCUCUGCUUACUGAUAGAAGGCUCAUUCAGAAUGCUGAAUGCCUCCUGGUGAUGACAACAGGAACUCAAAGGCUCUUUCUAAAGGUGAUGGAUAAUUAAUCUUGCCGUGGUUUAACUUAGCCUGCGAGAAAAUGGUGAAGGAUACAUUACACAGUGUGGGAUUUGAAUUAUGAGUAGGUUAUUUUCCUUGGAAUACAAUUAGGAAGGCUAAACAUUUGAAUCCUAUAGUCUAAUAUGACCGACCUUUGGAGGUUUGGGCGGGAAAAACAUGUUUCGCAAAGAAAAAAAAACACUUUGUAGUUGUGUUUUUGUUUUUUUAAAUAUUCUUUUGUGAGCAAUAUUGUUCAUGAUGACGUUGUCUCGCA